AUGAUUCAUGUACGUAUCGACAAUCAUCAUUCAACUGCAGUUGAUAUUUAUGUUAAUAUUUCUGAAAAAAAUAUGAUUACUUCAUCAUCACCUAUCUCAUCCAAUGAUGAACAUAUUUAUGAUCAUUUAGUUCAUAAUGAAAAUUAUCUUCCACGACAAUCGAAAAUUGUUAAAAAUCGAACAGAUUCAAAUCAAUCAAUAAAUAAAAAAAAUUAUACACUUCAACAAGUACUCGACAAUGUUGAAACUAUACAAAAACAAUAUGAAAAAGUUAUUCAUACACGAACAACAUCAUCUACAUCCACAUGUUUCUUUUCAUUUAAACAAAUAACAAAAAUAUUAAAAAAUUUACGAACAAUAAAAACAACAAAAACAAAUGAAGAAAUAAUUGAAACAAGUUAUUCGGAAAAUAAAUCGCCAUUUAUAUUUGGUGGUGAAACUUUACAAUGGAUUGCUUUACCACAAGAUGAUGAUGCUGAUCAUAUUUAUGAAAAUGAAUUUAUUCAAUGA